AUGACAAACGUUGAGAAGCUCCAAUUCCCGGCUUUAGACAUCACUAGUGCUAAUUACAUAUCUUGGACCACCAACGUUGAACUUCACCUCGGAUCUUUGGGUUUAACAGAAACCAUCAAAGAGAAGAAUACCUCAACGGCCCAAGAAAAGGCGAAAUCGGUGAUCUUCUUUAGAAGACACCUAGAUGAAAGUAUCAUCUAUGAUUACGCACAAAUGAGAGAUCCCCAAGAGCUUUGGAAGUCUCUUAAGGAUCGUUUCGAUCAUCAAAAGGACAUAACACUUCCACUUGCUCGGGAUGAGUGGCAAAAUCUGAGGUUUCAAGACUUUGACAAAGUGAUGAACUACAAUUCCGCAGUGUUAGGAAUUGUAGCUAAAUUAAGGUAUUGUGGUGAAACCAUUACGGAGUCUCAAAUGCUUGAGAAAACAUACACCACAUUCCAUAAAAACCACAUCACUCUGCAACAACAAUACCGGUUGCGUGGAUAUACCAAAUUUUCGGAUUUGAUUGUGGCACUCUUGAUAGCUGAAAAGAAUAACGAGCUCCUUAUUAAGGAUCACAUGACACGACCCACUGGAUCUAAAGCGUUUCCUGAAGCGAACGCAGUGGAUGUUAAGAAUCCAGUUAAAGAGAACAAAGCAUUUCGGGGACGUGGCCAUCGAAACUACCGCGGACGUGGGAGAAACUACAGCCCUCAGAAUAGGAAGUCAUUCCAGUGGCCGAUUCGUUCUGAACAACCCCCGAAGGGAAAAGAACACCAAGGAAGUACCUCACAGAAGCGAGAGGAUACUUGUUUCCGAUGCGGUACCAAGGGACAUUGGUCUCGUGUGUGUCGUACUCCUGCACAUCUAUGCACAUUGUACAAAGAAUCCGCUAAAGGCAAGGGAAACGAAGUCAAUCUUGCGGAAUAUUCUGAGGGUACAACGCACCUCGAUGCGUCUGACUUUGCAGAUGACUUUGAUGAAACCGCCCCCACGGAAGCCUGA